AUGGCCCCAUCUAUUAGUCGUCCUACUACGGCUUCUUCCCCAAACUCUGAGUUUCUGCCUUCCUCCAAAGCUCUCGCAACUACAACUACUUCUAUAUCCACAGCUGUUUCAGGCAAGAUACCCCCGCCGAGACAUCCUUCACUGCUCAGGAAACCCAACCCCAAACUUGUUCCCGCAUUAAAGCAGGUCGUUCAGACUCCUGAGAGCCCGCCGACUUCAAUGCUCGAGCUGGAUAAUGACGACAACGGCAAUGACGACGACGAAGAGGGCCGAGUCGGUGCAGAUUCAUCGUUUGAUUGUGUUUUUAAUGCGGACGCGGAUGCUCUGGUGGCGACCACGCGGCAGUAUGAUUGGUGUGGUAGAUGGCAUGCAGUUUCUGUGCUGGAGAAGAUAUGA